CUCCUCACAAGUCUUGUUAUUCAAUACCCUCUUUCUCUCACAGAUGCAGAACCCAUAGGGAUCCAGCACAUCAGCUUUGCCGUCUUUCUCAAGCUGAACUCAAAAUCGUCCUUGCUUGCAAAGGAUAUGUAAACUGGUAUGAAACAUGGAACCCGCUGGAGCUGUUUCUCGAGUGUCGUUCUCAGUUUUCCUAGUCCCACCAUCUACCUAGGUUUACCUGAGGCUAGGGUUCUUUAAAUUUUCAAACUACUCUCUCAAAAUAUGUUUCCUUCAAAUAGCAAUGGUAACAAUGACCCAAUCGUUUAUAUCGACCAUUCGAUUCUCAACAGGCAUUUUUGUACUGAUGGUACCACCCCUUAUAUCAAACCAGAUGAUCUCCCUCUUUCUUUUUUUCAUUUCCCUUCUCCUUGUUAUAGUCAAUGGGAGCUAGAGCUCGAAGACCAUGAUGUUUUUGUGAGCCAACACCGUGAUGACGAUGAGCAGUUUCUUCUUCAGAAAAAUUUGGUGACUGAGAAUUCAGUCUCGGAGACUAUUAUCAACAUGCCUGAAGGUUGUGGUAAUAAUACGACCGAUCAUCGCCUGCAGCAGAUGCCGAGGAGGGGAUCAAAGACGGAUCGGCACAGUAAGAUUAACACGGCGAAUGGACCGAGAGAUCGAAGGAUGAGAUUGUCUCUCGAUGUUGCUCGAGAGUUCUUUGGACUUCAAGAUAUGUUGGGGUAUGAUAAGGCCAGUAGGACCAUUGAAUGGUUGCUCAUACAGUCAAAGCCCCAAAUCCAGAAGCUAAUCAAUAACAACAGCUUCAGCUUUGUGGCUUCAAAGAGUUCAUCUUCGACUUCCGAGGCCGAAGUGGUGUCCGGAAUCGACGACAACGCUGCCAUUGAAGGAAGCAUCUCUGAGGGGAAACAUUUUAAAAAAGAGAAAAAGGAAGGACGACAACGUAGAACCAGUUUCCGCCCCCUGGCAAGGGAUUCGAGAGAAAAGGCAAGAGAAAGGGCAAGGGCAAGGACAAAAGCAAAGAGCAUGUCGUCUCCAAGGUACAAUAAUCUGAACAAGUUCGGUUCUUGGAGUUACUUAGAGACUGGAAAAGAAUAUGGGGUUCAAGUUCACAACAGGAAUAGUCCUUUCUCGCAGGCCGACAACACAAAGACUCAUGGGGAUCAGAUGAUUGAUGAAUCCUUGGCAAUUAUGAAUAAGUGGUGGCCGGAUUCGAUUUUCAAUUGUCUACAAAACACUGGAAUUAACCAAGAGAAGCACCAGCUCACACGCCCAGUCCUUUGGCAAACCAUGGGAGGCCUGGAACAAUAAAAAUCUAUAAACAAACGUGGGUUUUUCUAUUUUAUUUCGAUCUAUGAACAAUAAAUAUUAGAGGCAUACUAUGUAUUGCUUGC